AUGGCUAGACCAAGAAGAUCUGCUACAAACCCUCCUCUUCCUGCUGAUAUGAACCAAAUGGCUCACGCCAUGGAGGCCAUGGCAGCCACUGUUAGGCAGAGUCUAGAUAUGAUUCAGCAGCAGCAAGCUGCAAACCAAGCCGCUGCUGCAGCACAGGCAGCAGCAGCUACUGCCUCAACUGCACCUCCUCCUGAAUACCAUGGUUUGUCAGAGUUCAGGAAGAAUGAUCCUCCUCAAUUCACGGGGGUGGAUGGACCAGAUGCUGUUGAACUCUGGAUCAGGGAGAUUGAGAAGAUCUUCCUAACUAUGGGUUGCGCCGAGGAGAGGAAGGUGUUAUAUGCUACUUAUAUGCUGACAGGGGAUGCAGAGAUGUGGUGGCACGGAGCUCGUGCUAUGCUGGAGGCCCGAGGUGAAGUCAUCACUUGGGCUGUAUUUAGAAGUAGUUUUCUGGGAAAGUUUUUCCCUUCUCAUGUUCGUGCUGCCAAAGAGCGGGAAUUUCUAAACUUGAUGCAAGGAAACUCAUCAGUCUAUGAGUAUGCAAUACAGUUUGAGCGUCUUUACAGAUUUUAUUCUCACCCGACCUCGGAGGAGUGGAGAUGUCAGAGGUUUUCAGACGGAUUGAGAACUGACAUAAAGAGGAUUUUAAUCCCACUUAGGAUCACGGAAUUUGCUGACUUGGUGGAUCAAGCCACCAUUAUAGAAAGUCUUAAUGCAGAGGAUGUUGGUGGAGUUGGGAAGGCUCCAUCUAGUAGAGCUGCUAGUAGCUAUGGUAAUGGAAGUAAGGGUGCUAAGAAGGGCCCCUACAAUCGGUCGCUACGCCAACAGCAAUCUCGACCAUCUCAGUCGAGAGGAUCAGCAGGCAUCAGCCCCGGUGCCAAUAGGGACUGCUACUUCUGGAUUUCAGCCUAG